UUAUCUCUCUACAACGCCUGUGUAUACAUUCACAUGUAUAUAGUGUAGUUUGUCUAUGCAGAAUGUUUAGCAGCAUUCUUGUAACAGAAAAGAAACUGGCUUGUUUUUUGUUCAUUCUGAAUACCAAUACUACUUGUUUUCUUGUUUUCUUGAUGCUGACGGCCUGCCAAGACCUUUGAAGAUGCAAUGUGUGAUGUCUGCCAGAUAAAACACGACUCAAGGUGGCAGCAAUGCGGAUCAACAAGCGGAGCUGGUUUUUUGUUGGCAUAAGAUAUCUUGAAAUCAACCUCUUGCCAACAGAACAACGACCUCAGAUUCCACAAGUUUACAUAUACGGACACAGAGGGCAUAGGUAUCACAUCUUUACCUGGGAUCCUGCUAAGAACAUCCUGACUGCAAGUGGUCCCUCUGUGACACCUGAGACUAAAACUACACAAGAUCAAAGAACUGAGCAUCCUUUUGCUUCUUCACCCGAAUUCCCUGACCGUUGGAAGUCCAAAAAAAAAAAAGCCAUGCACAACAGACUGGUCCUCCUCACUGCCCUGCUAGUGACGCUGUCCUGGAUGUCAUUAGGCACCUACGCAGCGACAACAGCAGCGACAACAGCAGCAGCAGCGACAACAGCAGCAGCAACGACAAAAGCAGCAGCGACGACAGCAGCAGCGACGACAGCAGCAGCAACGACAAAAGCAGCAGCGACGACAGCAGCAGCGACGACAGCUGCAGCGACGACAGCAGCAGCGACGACAGCAGCAGCAACGACAAAAGCAGCAGCGACAGCAGCAGCAACGACAAAAGCAGCAGCGACAGCAGCAGCAACGACAAAAGCAGCAGCGACGACAGCAGCAGCAACGACAAAAGCAGCAGCGACAACAGCAGCAGCGACAACAGCAGCAGCGACAACAGCAGCAGCGACAACAGCUGCAGCGACAACAGCAGCAGCGACAACAGCUGCAGCGACAACAGCAGAAGCGACAACAGCUGCAGCGACAACAGCUGCAGCGACAACAGCUGCAGCGACAACAGCAGCAGCGACAACAGCUGCAACGACAACAGCAGCAGCGACAACAGCAGAAGCGACAGAGGCACCACCAAUCAAGCCCGACACAACAGUGACAACACUUAUGACAGCUAUCAACAGGACAGACUGCGGGAAUGACCAGCUCUGUGCCGCUCAACCCUCAGACUGCGACCCCUCAACAAGUUCAUCAUGUUUCUUUCUGGCUGCCAAGCAGAGCAGCGGCAGAAACUUUGACAUUGGGCUUUCAGGAGAGUCCGAUGGCUAUAUUGCAGGCACCCUGUCACUCGACAACAUACUGGGAGGUAAUGACACAACCUACGUGUGUGCAAACAAAAAUGGUGUUGUUAAAUUCUUUGGAGCUGUCCUCAACAAUGGCAAGCUGACUCUGAAAGAACUUCCUGUGGAUUCCGUGAAGGGCAAAAUCACUGGAAAAAAAAUCCAGUGCACAUUUUCCGCCACUGUACCGGCCCAGAUUACUAGAGCAUCCCAGUUUGCAAUCGCAAUCUCCACAGGAACUUUCAACAGCUCUACUGAUGCUCUUGGGGACCCCAGCACCCAAUUCAAAAGCCCUCUUGUAAACCUGGAAAAUCCUAACACCACUGUCACCAAUGAGCUUGCCACCAACACUAGUAGCCAUGCCAUUACAAUCCAGCAAUCUCUGACCCAAGCUCUGCUGUUCACUGUUGGUGUGCUUGGUCUGACCGUGCUAUGAGGAAACUGACAACUCCGAAACUGACAACUCCGAAAGUCAAGACAAGACCAUAACUAAAUUAUUCGUCUUAGUGUGCUACUGAAUAUAAUCAUCUCUCAGGAGGUUGACUAUAAACAGUGCAUCCUUCCCAGAUUAUUAGAAUCAUGCUUCAUUAUGUUUCAACUUACUGGCAGGCGAGGGCAGGAAUGGUGGAGGUCGGUCAAUCUUCCAAAGCCUUCUAACUGCUUUCACAUCUGUGUAGGUUCUGAAACAAAAAAAGUCAAUUCAUUGUUAGUUUAAUGUGUAAUCAAUUUGUAAUGUAUUGUUUUAACCAUAGGAGUGCUGGAUUUCCUUCAUACAUGUAAACCUUAUUGAAAACAAAUAUAUUGACUCUCUGCCUGGAAGGAAAAUCAGUCUUUGAAUGGGUACAGAUGUGAAGAAAUAUGACAAUUAAUUACAAUUCAUGUGUUUCUGAUGACGUACACAAAAAAAGCCAUGUUUUUCUUCUUCUGUCGCUCAUGAUGUCAGCAAAUGGCAGACACGUGUUUGUGUUACGUGAUGAUUAUUAUUAUUUUUAUUUUAUUUUAUGUGAAUGUACAUAUCGUUAAGGAUUCAAGGGGAUUUUGAACAUUGUAUCAUGUAAAAAUUGAUGUAGAUUUUUUUAUCGCAUUUUUGGAAAUAAAUAUUCAAUGAAAGCUGAAAUGUUUUUUUAUUUUUUUUUAAAAAUACGCUAAGAAGAGGAUAGCAGAUGAUUUAGAAGCAGUUCAAGAGAUAACCAUUAUUAAGAACUGACCAUUUUAAUAAAUGUUCAACAAUUUGCCAA